CUGCAGGGACAGCCCCCAGCGCUCUUCAAGCCUCAGCUGGUGCGGCUGCUGGGCACCGCACAGCUGACACUGCUGCAUGCCGUGCUUGCGCUCAAGGCGGCCUUCGGGGAGGCGCUGUUCACGGCCCAGGAUGAAGCCCUGCUGCUCCGACGGCUCACCCUGGCCGCCCAGCACCCAGCUCUGCCUACGCCCACCCACCUCUUUCACCUGCACUGCCUCCUGAGCUUCCCUGAGAACUGGCCGCUGGGCCCCGAAGGCGAGGAGGCCGCCCCGCUGCUGCUCAGACCCCAGCUGUGCCAAGGCCUCCUGCCCAGUCUCCUGCAUGAUCCAAUGUCCCUCCUGGCCCGCCUGUAUUUGCUGUGCCUGCUCUGUAUGGAAGACAAGGAAGAGGAGGAGAAAGGCCAGGUUCCCAGCCCACGGCAGUAUUUGGAGGAGCUACUGGCUGGAUUGCGCCAGAGGGCAGCCCUGGCCGGGAGCCCCCAGGCCUUGGCCACUCUCUGCUUCCAGGCCUCAUACCUGGUUGCCCACUGCCUAGCUGGGCAGCCUGCAGUGCUGACCCCCUUGAUCCAGGGGCUGGCCCAGCUGUACCGAGCCCGGCCUGUGCUGGCCCCCCACUUUGUGGAUCUCUUGGAUCGGGUGGGCCCCGAGCUGGGGGAGCCCCUGAGGGUGGCCUUGCGGCAGGAGGUGGUAUCCAGGCCAGGCAGGGAUGAAGCUCUUCGCUGGCACCUACAGAUAGUGGCGAAGGUGGCAGAUGGGGAUGCCCAGAGCGCCACCCUCAGUUUUCUGCAGGCUGCAGCGGCCCACUGCACGGGCUGGGAUCUACAGCAGGCCCUGCUUCGAGUCUGCCGGGCCCUGCUGCGGGCAGGUGGAGGCGGCGGCCUGGCGGACUUGCUGCAGGCACUGGUCAGGCAGCUGGAGGACCCUGAUGGGCGGGACCACGCUCGCCUCUACUACAUCCUCCUGGCCCACUUGGCAAGGCCCAAGUUGGGCGUGGCCCUAGGCCCCUCUCUGGCGGCACCUGCGCUGGCCUCUUCACUGGUAGCCGAGAACCAGGGCUUUGUGGCAUCGCUGAUGGUGCAGGAGGCCCCAGCCCCCAUGAGGCUGAGCGUGGGGCCCCGCGGGGUCAAGGGCCCACUCCCCGUGCUGCAGCUCCAGGUGGAGCCGCUGGAGCCAGUGUAUUCUCUGGAACUUCGCUUCCGCGUGGAAGGACAGCUGUAUGCACCCAUGGAGGCUGUGCACCUACCCUGCCUGUGCCCGGGUCGCCCUGCCCGCCCACUGCUCCUGCCACUCCAGCCCCGACGCCCGGCCCCCGCGUGGCUGGAUGUUCACGCCCUCUACACUACACCCGCCGGCCUCACGUGCCAUGCCCACCUGCCACCCCUGUUCGUGAACUUCUCCAACCUCUUUCUGCCUUUUCCCCAGCCCCUAGAGGGGGCCGGACCGGGCUUCUUUGAGGAGCUCUGGGACUCCUGCCUGCCAAAGGGAGCUGAGAGUCGUGUGUGGUGUCCACUUGGGCUGCAGGGGCUGGAGGCUUUGGUGUCCUGCCACUUGGAGCCCUUUGUGGUGGCGUCUCAGCCCCCCACCAGCUACCACGUAGCAAUCCGCCUGCCCCCAGACUCGAAGCUUCUGCUGCGGUUGGAGGCAGCCCAGACGGACGGAGUACCUGUGGCCCUGCGGACCGAUGACUGGGCCGUGCUGCCCCUGGCAGGGGACUACCUCCGUGGGCUGUCAGCCACUGUCUGAGCCUGGGGAGGCCGGGUGGGGACAGGACUGUGGUCCUUGGGGGGAUUGCC